AUGUUCAACGUGUCGGCACUUGCCAGUUCGAACUCAUUAGGCCCGAGUCUGGGCCCUAGUUUAGGCCCUAGCCUCGGCUCAACGCUCGGCUCAACCCUGAGCGGCUCCUCGACGUCGUUGAGCACGGGGAUCGGUCAGAGUAUCGCCGCUUCGCUGCCAACGCCGGUCGCCGACAACAAGACCGAAUUCAAAUGGGACACACCAAGCGAUGUGACCGCACAAACCUCAAGCGGGACAUGGACAGAGCAUUUGCCACUUUUAGCAGGUUACCCCGCUGCACCGUCCUUCUCGAUAGAGCCAUCGAUGUACACCUACGAUCCAUCCAGCAAUUUUCACGCUGGGACCUUAACUCCUGGCAGCUCAAUGUACACUCUUCCGCCUGCCGAUCCUUUUCAACGGACAGAUCCGAUGAUUAUGGGUGGUGCAAGCGCUGAGGAGAAAGAUAUCGACGCUAACGACAAAAAUGGCUCAAAAGCGGAAGAUGAGGAUGACGGCGCUGAUGAGAUGGAGGAGGAUGGAGAGGAAGAAUACGACGGAAAUGGAAAACGAAAAAAACGAAAGCGACGGGUUCUUUUCACAAAAGGUCAAACUUACGAGUUGGAGCGACGGUUCCGUACCCAACGAUACCUUAGCGCACCGGAACGAGAACAACUCGCUAUGCAAAUCCGCCUUACACCGACGCAAGUGAAAAUUUGGUUUCAAAACCAUCGGUACAAGACAAAGAAGACAAUCCAGGAAAAGGGUCUGAAUCCUGGGUUGCUCGCCUCAUCCCCGUCGUUCACCACUCCAGCUAGUACCGCGUUCUCAACAAGGAGCUUCCGGAUGCCAAUCCAGAUGUUGGUGAGGGACGGCAAGCCGUGCCCGCCGGAGAUCGCCUCUUCGCCCUAUCAGGCGGCAGCUGCCGCUGUCGCCUUCGGAGGAAGCGGUGCAGGUUAUUUGCCUGGAUCUACUGGCUAUCUGCCAACCACUGGCGGAUACCUCUCCCAGGGGCCACCGACAACCUCCUACAUGACAAACAGCUGGGGUUGGCAUUGA